UUGAUAAAAUUGUAUUGGAUUAUGUUGAAGAUUUAGUGACAAAAUAUUCUUUCUUUUUCUCACAGAUUUAUCUAAAAACAGACUGGUUGAAGUUCCAAUGGAAUUGUGCCACUUUGUAUCACUGGAAAUUCUUAACCUAUAUCAUAAUUGUAUCAGAGUCAUUCCUGAGGCCAUCGUUAACCUGCAAAUGCUGACUUACUUAAACUUGAGUAGAAAUCAGCUGUCCUCCCUGCCCGCUUGCCUGUGUGGUCUGCCUCUCAAAGUCUUAAUCGCAAGUAACAACAAACUUGGAUCGCUGCCAGAAGAGAUUGGUCAGCUCAAGCAGUUAAUGGAGUUGGAUGUCAGCUGCAACGAGAUCACAGCCUUGCCCCAGCAGAUAGGUCAAUUGAAAUCUCUACGAGAACUAAAUGUCAGAAGAAAUUACCUUAAAGUUUUACCACAAGAACUAGUAGAUCUUCCCUUGGUAAAGUUUGACUUCUCCUGCAAUAAAGUGCUCGUGAUUCCCAUUUGUUUUAGAGAGAUGAAGCAGCUGCAAGUAUUACUACUUGAAAAUAACCCUUUACAGUCUCCUCCAGCACAGAUUUGCACAAAGGGCAAAGUGCACAUAUUCAAGUAUCUGAGCAUACAGGCCUGUCAGAUUAAGGCAACUGACUCCCUUUAUCUCCACACGAUGGAGAGGCCACAAUUACACCAGCAUGUGGAAGACAGCAAGAAGGAUUCUGAUUCAGGCGUUGGAAGUGAUAAUGGAGAUAAGCGAUUAUCUGCCACAGAGCCUUCUGAUGAAGACACUGUUAGCCUCAAUGUGCCAAUGUCAAAUAUCAUGGAAGAGGAACAGAUCAUUAAGGAGGACUCAUGCCAUCACCUUAGUCCAGUAAAAGGGGAAUUUCAUCAGGAAUUUCAAUCAGAGCCUUCCCUUGUGGGUGACAGUGACAACUCAGGAGAAGAAAGAGACCAAUUUACCCAUGGAACAGAUGCUCUCGAUUCAGAAUUUAUAAACUAUAAUAAGGCUAGGACAGAGGACUGUGAGGAACUGUUACGGAUAGAAGAGGACACACACUGGCAGCCCGAGGGAAUUUCAUCUAAAGACGAGGACAUGGCUAUAGCGAUGAUUGAACAGCUGAGAGAAGCAGUAGAUUUGCUACAAGAUCCCAACAGAUUAAGCACGGAUAUUACAGAGAGAAGUGUGGUAAACCUUUAUCCUAAGGAAUCAGCAGAAGCCUUAGAAUUACAAGAUUCUGCACUAAAUGGUCAGAUGCAGCUGGAGACAUCUCCGGUGUGUGAGGUGCAAAAUGAUCUAACAUCACAGAGUAAUGGGAGCGAGUAUUCUCCAAAUGAGAUUAGAGAAAACUCCCCAGCAAUCUCUCCUACCACCAGCAGUACAGCUCCGUUUGGCCUGAAGCCUCGAUCAGUGUUUCUAAGACCUCAGAGAAAUUUGGAAUCUAUAGACCCACAGUUUACAAUUCGGAGGAAAAUGGAACAAAUGAGAGAAGAAAAAGAACUGGUGGAACAACUCCGUGAGAGCAUCGAGAUGAGAUUAAAGGUGAGCCUGCAUGAAGACCUGGGGGCUGCACUCAUGGAUGGUGUUGUCCUCUGCCAUCUGGUCAAUCACAUCCGCCCACGAUCUGUCGCAAGCAUUCACGUCCCCUCACCGGCAGUUCCCAAGCUUAGCAUGGCCAAAUGCAGAAGAAAUGUGGAAAACUUUUUGGAAGCCUGCCGAAAAUUAGGAGUACCAGAGGAAAAACUAUGUCUACCCCAUCACAUCCUUGAAGAGAAAGGCCUGGUCAAAGUGGGCAUUACUGUUCAAGCAUUGCUAGACGUGACUGUAACGAAGGCUCUAUUCACAUGAAACCAACUCCUGUCCUUUGGGUUGGCCCAAACCCUUCUCCCAUCAGAGAUCCUGAACUCUGCUCUCAGCACCAGUCCCCCCACCCGCCCACUCAUUGCCUGUGUCCAUGAGUCUAGUUGCAUUUGAGGGAGGACCUAAGAGAAGAUUUUCUACCUUUCAGGACUGACCUCCGACAUUAAGAUGUGGCAGGUAUUUAUCUUGAAGCCAGUGAGGGAGCUGGUUACGAAGAGCUAACAGCACAUUAAUGCCUUUACAACCUCCUGCACCCCUUCCACUCUCACCCACUGCCAUUACCAAAACACCAAGCACAACUGUUCUGCAGCAAGAUGCAUUUGUUUCACUAACGCCAAACUCAUUGUAUAUUUAGUGGGGGAAGGGGAACUCAACCCAGGUUUUCACCACCAAAUUUUUCAAGAAGUUUCUUGAGACCAUUGCCUUUUAAAAAACUAUUUUCAACAUACAAAAUAUUUAUAUAAAUAUUAUUUAUUAGUGAGUUGUUAUUCAUCCUUUGGAUGCAAAUUGUAAAUUAGGAAACUAUUUUAUUACUGCUUUUUUGUGGUUCAACACUUUUUAAAUUAUAAAUAUUGAGUUAUUUUCUAUUCUCUUUGGUGUGCAGCAGUUCUGGAUCUCAGUAAUCAUGUUUUCUGGAAUAUAUGACUCAGAAAAAAAAUUAAGCAAAAACAGGUGCUUCUGUGACAAGAACUGUUUUCUGGGGAGGCAUUAUUACACUUUGGUUUCUAGAACAUUGGUCUUAUUUAUUCCUGCAUUCCAUCCAGUUCCCUACAUUCCAGCAGCCCUGUUGUCCCCUGAUAUAAUAAACUGACUGAAAUCAAGAGAGCAUCCCAAAGUUACUUGUAAAUAGCUGUGAUGGGGAAAAAGGACAUUAAGCUUGAAGAUAAAAUGUGAACAGUUAUUUUUUUGGAUUCAUACUUAUUUUGCUAUACACAGAACAUUCACAUUUUAACACAAAAAAGUAAUAAGUGUUAGCAUCAUAUGUCUUGAAGUAUAAUUUUGCACUGUAACUUGGGAAUUAAAGAAGUCUAGUACCAAAGGAAAUAAGAAAAUGGUAUAGGAAAGUGGAGAUGAUACUAAGUUUAUUGUUUAACCAAAAAGUUUUUUAAGGGCAGCUUCGACUGAAAGUGAUGAAGAGUUAUAUCAGACACAUACGACCUGGUCAGGAAACCAGCACUUCUUACAACUGCCAGUUUUAAAACAGGAAAAGAUUUUGAGAUGUGGACAUGCUCAUUUUAUUGUAACUUAGUUGGUGGCUUUCAGAGUAGCCCAUGAAACACAGCAAGAUUCGUGGUCUCUGGUAUGAAACUAUAAUAGCGAGUCAGUAAGUUGGUGAGGCAGGUGGGUGCAACAAGGCCGGCUCAGGAGAGGUUAAAUAAGUGGUGUUUGUGAGACUGAGUGGCCUAGCAGGGAGCUAGGUCAAAGGAAACAUGACAAGAAGAGAUCCAGCAAAGCAAAGGUACCUGCUGGUCUGAGAGACCCACGCAAGGCUUCCCAGACACAGCAGCCUGUCGGGAGGCAGUCUGUGCAUACGCCUUCACCCGGCACUCCCGCAUGUUCCAGUCAGUCACCUGUCACAGUCUUGUGAAUGCUCACCACCUCUUCAACUCUUUGAAAAGCCAUUGCAAGUUUUUAGAGCAGCAGCAGCCACAAUUUGUAAGCGAAAUAAAAGGUGAGCACAAAAGAAGAGACACCAGGAAGAUGGUGUGCAUUGAGCACAGUCUAACAUCGGCCAAGGCCACGGCUGCCCUCUGCUCUGGGCAAGGUGGAGGGGUAACUGAACAUGGUGGUUUGAAUUGGCAGCUUUCAGUUAUUUCCUAUUAAAUGUACUGUGCACUUUAACCUAACUUAAAAUAUAGUUUAAUAUUUUCCUGUACUGCACAAAUACCUGUUGUCAAAUAGCAUGAUGAUGUAAAGAGAAAGACAUUUUGAACAAAGAGCGUAUUCAAUAUAAGCAACAUUCAAAGGUUGGUUAUAAAAGUAAGAAUUUUGAUUGCUGCACCUUGAUGGGCAUUCAGAUGCAGGGUCCUGAAAUAUUUUUUUUAUGUGUAUAUAUGGUAAUAUGAAGCUUUAUAAUUCUUGUUUUGAGAGAUUUCUUUUUCAAAAUUAAGAUUUUUCUUUUGAUAUUAAUUUUCAGUUAUUUUCUUGAAGUUGUCUGUAUAAUACAAAUGGCUUUUAUAUUUUGUAAAAUGGCUUUCUUCCUUCUAAAUGCAGUCCUUGUGUAGCUAAAAUGUCUUUAAGAUCCUUGUAUACUGUUUAUGUGUGCAAUAAAAUGUGCAUGGCCAGCUAACAGUACCAUCAGUGGACAGAAUGUACCUAGUACAAAUAGCCUUCCUUUUAUUAUUUAACAGCCAUUAAAACUUUGAAUUUGAAAAAAA